CUGUCCUCCGUCUGAAGCGUGGAAACACCGGCGGGCCCUGAAUCAGCUUGUUUCUGGUUUUCUUUGUUUYCCCRUCAUGGUGGAGCAGUUUGUCGGGACCUGGAAGUUGGUUUCCAGCGACAACUUCGACGAGUACAUGAAGGAAGUCGGAAUGAACUUCGCCAGUCGACAGGUGGGCAACCUGUCCRAGCCGAAGCUGCUGGUGAGCCUGGCAGAUGAUGGGUUUGCAACCAUGAAGGCCGAGAGCUCUCUGAAGACYGUAGAGGUCAAGUUCAAGCUGGACGAAGAGUGUGACGAGACCACAGCAGACGGCCGCAAAGCCAAGUCUGUCUUCAAACUUGAGAAYGGCAAGCUGGUGCAGACGCAGUCCUGGGACGGAAAGACGACCACCCUGGAACGAGAGAUUCAAGACGGGAAACUUACGGUUAAGUGCAUCAUGAACGAUGUGGUUGCGGUGAGGACGUAYGAGAAGGCUGCGUAACCGUUUUUAAAACAAUAAAACUUGAACUGUGA